CUCCGACAGUCGAACCAGUGGGACUCUUGAUCAAUGAUUAACACUGAGCUCAGUUAUGAAGCAGCAGCUCAUAGCAGCUACUCUCAGUUCACCUCCAACAUCAUGGCAUCUUCACCAGUAGUGACGACGGCGGGCAGCGUGGUGGUGGUCACCCAUGUGAUCCCGGCACCUCAGGUUGCUGCAGCACAAAACGCUGCAAGGAAGAACAAGCUCAGACGGGGAGGCGUGGUGGCACUUGGGACGGCGCAGAUCAUGACUGGCCUGAUGGUCUUUCUGUUUGAGCUCACCAUGAUUCCAUGCACAGAUACACUGGGGAUUGUCAGCGGCGUUUUUGUCUGGGGACCUCUGUGUAGCGUCUUGUCUGGAUCUCUGACGGUGGCUGCUGAGAAGUUCAACAACUGUGCGGUUAAAGGAGCUAUGGGCUUCAGUGUUGUUGCUGCUGUUACUUCAGCUGGUGCUACAGUCAUCUACGGUCUGGAUGCUUUUGAUGUUACCUGGAACCUCCCCUUUAAUCACUGUUAUUCCAGCUACUACAACCGUGAUAUAUAUUGGAUUCGUACCACCGCAGUUUCAGGUGUUUUGGCUGGUGUUUCCGUCCUGGAGUUCAUCAUCGCCAUCUGUGUCUUUGUGUUUGUCUAUGAUGCGUCUUGUCAGUCGAUGGACCAGCCGACUGUUAUAACCAACCAAUCACAUGAGGCUACUACACAGACGUUGACACUGCCCACAUACGAGCCCCCACCCGUCUCACAGCCCCCGACCACCAUUCCAGAGAGGAGCUAUGAGACGAUGACACCACUGGAGUACGACAUGAUCUGACCACCUCCUCCACCUGACCCCGCCGACAAAAUUAUGUGUUUUAUAAAGUGAAUCCCGUCACUGAUCUAAACCAUUCGAUCAGUCAAUGAACCUGUCAAUGAGUAAUCAAUGAACUCAUCCAUUCCAGUCAGAAAAAACAGCAGCUGAAGACAUUCAGAUAUUUAAUAAAGUAAAUAUUGUUUUUAAAA